CGAGCGGCCGCACUGACCCGGCCCUUCUCCCCUCAGGCGUCCGGCAAUAAGGUGAGCCGGCAGUCCGUGCUGUGCGGCAGCCAGAACAUCGUUCUCAACGGCAAGACAAUAGUUAUGAACGACUGUAUCAUUCGUGGUGACCUGGCAAACGUACGGGUUGGACGACACUGCGUGGUGAAAAGCCGCAGUGUCAUUAGACCGCCCUUCAAGAAGUUUAGUAAAGGGGUGGCCUUUUUCCCUCUCCACAUCGGUGAUCACGUCUUCAUAGAAGAGGACUGUGUUGUCAACGCAGCCCAGAUUGGCUCCUAUGUGCACAUAGGCAAGAACUGUGUCAUUGGUCGUAGAUGCGUUCUGAAAGACUGCUGCAAAAUCUUAGACAACACAGUACUACCUCCUGAAACAGUAGUCCCACCCUUCACAGUCUUCUCAGGCUGCCCAGGACUCUUCUCUGGGGAGCUCCCGGAAUGUACCCAGGAACUCAUGAUUGAUGUCACGAAGAGCUACUACCAGAAGUUCUUGCCGCUCACUCAGGUCUAGUAGCCUAUUUACCCUGUUUCAGAGCAGUAAAGGCACGCAGGAGCAUUCUGGGGGCGGGGAGAGGGAUGUUGGUCAGAGAGACCAGGGCACGGCCCUCUGCUGCCCUGAGCGCUUCUGCGAGUGUUCCUCCACACUAACGGCCCGGCCAAGCAGUCCCUCGUGAAAGCUGCUGUGUCAUGUUGUUUAAACUUUGUAUGUUCAUUUGAGUGUAAUUCAUUCCAUGUUGUCUGAAUCGUGCUGUUACAUGUUCUGGAGCUAGGAAACCUGAUACAAUUCCCUUUUGGGCAGCAUCUCCCCAUUGCAGCCGGGGAACAAGGCAGAGCUGCCAGCACAUACUCCGCAGCCUAAGCCUGUCUUUCACGUCAGUUCUGUUCCUGCCCUAAGGCAAGUGGGUUUAUGUUUGCUAGAAGCAAUCUCCAUCCCCCAGCAGAAGUGCUGUGCGCCUGUUGGGCAUGUUACAGGCUGUUACUGGUCCAGCAGACCCAGUGCUUUCCUUUGGAACAAUAAUUGCAGUUCCCAGGCCCGUGUAUUGGGGUAGAUGGCCUCUUCCUUUCUUCCCUGUGACUGAGAUGCUCCUGCAGGGACAGGAUAGCGUUCAUCAUCCUGGGACUGGCUUUAGGACUUUUGGCUGACACUGAAACCCAUCUUUCUGUGCCUCGCCUGACAGGACACUUCUUAGCUUUGGGCUCUUGAAGCAGCCGUCAGUCCCGUGCUCUCGCCCGUCCCGCAGGGUUAGCAUUCGGCGUGUGCCGCUUCCUGAACACCGCAGGCCUUAGAGAGCCCAAGGGCUCUGGAAGGGGAUUGCCACGUCGCUCACAGAACUCAGUGCAGCAGAAAGGGGGUAGUUUCAAGCAGAAACCGGAGGUGGGUGAGAGAACACUGCAAUCGUCCCCAUUUAUUACCCAGUAUCUAUAUUUGCAGAAAGCUCUUUGGUGCUUUUCUGCGUUACAAAACAAAGAGAUUCAGACUUCUUGGGAAGAGCGAACAUUUCAUUUUGGACAUGUGGCAGAGCAGGAAUAGUUCCACUGGGGGUAGCUCUGUGGAAGUUGGAGACAGCUGACACUUGUGUGUACCCAACUUGGUACAAGACAACUGGCCAAAAAUGAAUCUGCCUGCUCUGGUUGUGUCAUUAAAGCUUAGCAUUGUCCUUCUCUAGCUUUUAAAUCUGGGGCUCCUGCAUGUUGUAGUGUAGCAGCUGGGGGCCAGGACAUGUAUUAGUUACGUAGUAGGUGUGUGGCUGCGGGACCAGCAGCCCUGGAGCCUUCAGCUGUUCUGUGUAAUGCGAAGUACUGAUACACCUUCAAUAGCAAACAGCCCUACAAGUACUAAAGUGUGUAGUAACUACUGUUAAUCAAAUGUAAAGCCACUGACUGGUCUGUGUGUAUUUUUACUGUACAUAAAUUAAAGCCUCUUCAAGUUGUUCAAG